GCAUAUUUUUUUCGAGUGCUGGCAGGUGUUUGGAAUCGGCUUGUGAACCGGCACAGAAUAUUCAACCAGAUAAGUCUGCACAUAAAGUCAUGCCAGUAGGAACUACGUCAGUCUUAUGAUGGCGAUUCUGGUAGACAAGAAAAUCAGCGAGCCUAUCGUCGAUUCCGCAAACUGCAAGCUGAACGUUAAACCCGCUCAGACAUUUACAUUUGCUUUCACAUCCAGCAAGCCUUCGCAACGGAAUCAAACCAAGCUGGCGCAACUCCGGAUAGGAAAACCAGGAGGAUUCGGAGGAGGAGGAGGAGGAGGAAUCGGAGCUCGAGGAGGCCUAAGAGGCCAUUGGCUAUCGCUUCUGGUACUGAUGCUGUGCAAUUGCGUUGUGGGCGCCUUCGAGCCGGACUUUGUCAUCCCGCUGGAGAACGUGACCAUCGCCCAGGGCCGGGACGCGACAUUCACGUGCGUGGUGAACAAUCUGGGUGGUCAUCGGGUGAGUGGCGACGGUGCAACGGUCCCCGCCAAGGUUGCCUGGAUUAAGGCCGAUGCCAAGGCAAUUCUGGCCAUACACGAGCACGUGAUAACCAACAAUGAUCGAUUAACGGUGCAACACAACGACUAUAACACAUGGACUCUCAACAUACGCAGCGUCAAAAUGGAAGAUUCCGGCAAAUACAUGUGCCAGGUCAACACAGAUCCCAUGAAGAUGCAGACAGCCACCCUCGAGGUGGUCAUCCCGCCCGACAUUAUCAACGAGGAAACCUCUGGCGACCUGAUGGUACCCGAGGGCGGUGCGGCCAAGCUCGUGUGCCGGGCCCGCGGGCAUCCCAAGCCGCGGAUCACCUGGCGUCGCGAGGACGGACGCGAGAUUAUUGCACGGCAUGCCGGGCACCAGAAGACCAAAGCCCCGUCCGUCGAAGGCGAAAUGCUGACGCUCUCCAAAGUCACGCGAUCGGAAAUGGGCGCCUACAUGUGCAUCGCCUCGAACGGAGUGCCGCCAUCGGUGAGCAAGCGGAUGAAGCUACAGGUGCACUUUCAUCCGCUGGUUCAAGUGCCAAAUCAAUUGGUCGGCGCCCCGGUCCUAACGGAUGUCACAUUAAUUUGCAAUGUCGAGGCAUCGCCAAAGGCCAUCAAUUACUGGCAGCGCGAGAAUGGUGAAAUGAUUAUUGCCGGCGAUCGUUAUGCCCUCACCGAGAAGGAGCACAACAUGUACUCCAUGGAGAUGGUGCUGCACAUCAAGCGGCUGCAGUCGAGCGAUUUCGGAGGCUACAAGUGCAUCUCCAAGAACAGCAUCGGGGACACGGAAGGCACCAUUCGACUGUAUGAAAUGGAACGUCCCGGCAGGAAGCAAAUGCGCGAUGACGAUAUCAACGAAGUAACAAGACACGAGGUGGAGAACCGGCACAAGGAGAACCGGCACGAAGAGGGCGCACGCAACCAGAACGGUCGUCUCUACAAGGACCGCACGCAGGAGCCUGAGCUGGGCAGCUCCGCAGACUCGACCCGUGCCCCAGCCCCAGCUCAGGGUACAAUGCAGCUAAUCAAGACAUUUAUAUUAGCCCUAUUGGUAAUAUUAGCCUCGACAGCGACAGCGGAGGCGGUGGCACCAACAACCACAACGGCGGCGGCCACAAUGUUCUUUUACACAAAGGGCGCCAGACAAAAGGACACAAAGGAAACGAAUCUGAGACUUGAACUGAAUGGGGCUGGGGAUGCGGAGCACGAGUACUGCGAAAGAUCAGCGACGACGGCCAGGGCCGGGGCAAAUGGCAUUGGCUGGAGCGUGGAAGGAUUAGCCCGAACACCAUCAACAAAGUAA